UAAUAUUUUGCUAAUGUUGCAUUAGACGAUAUGACCUGGACAUGCACUGAAACUACAUGGAUGCAGCACCACACAAAAACUCAAUUUACCGAUGCAAUUGAAAAAAAGUCUUUACAGUUAGCCUUAACCAGGAUUUAUUUUGUGUGCAAUAGAGUCAAAUAAUUACUGAGUGCACCUUUAACAUCGCCAACCUAACUGAGAUCCUCAUUGUUUUUGUGAGAUAAAUCCUACACAGAAUAAAAAAUGAUAUAAUCUGAAAACACCCUCUUAAGUAGUUUCAAAGUAAUUAGCUUCUUUUUGUUACUGCAGCUCCAAAGUGUAGCUUGAGCACAUGCACAAUCAUUCUAAUGUCUUUUACACACAUAUUUCUUCUUUCUCAGACAGGUAAACAAGACAAAAAGAAGCAAAGUGACACUGGAUUCACAGCAAGCCAAUGGUGACCCAGAUCUGAUCUGAAAAUGGAUUUCUGACCAAUGCGAACACUGUGGAAUAUUAUUUCCCGAAAUACACCGUGGAAUAAUUACCUAUGUUUUAGAUAGUAUGCUUAGAAACGAAGGCCACACCCCCUCCAGCUCCUCCUCAGGGGGCUGAGCCAAUCAGCAAAGGUCAUGGGCCGACGGGCGGCUGAUGCAUCCAAUGCUGUGCCGGCGCUGGAGGUGCCUCUUGCUGGUGGGCGGGCCAUGCUGUCUCAGAAAUGGGGUCCUCUGUGCAGCGUUGGCGUCCAAACAUCGCCGGGCCUCCGCUCGCUUCCGUCAUUAAAGAGGAGGACGCAAGCGGUCAGUACGGCCAAUGGACCGACUGCGGAAACCAUGUCGCUGGACCGGAUGAGGCGUUGUGAGGUCAACGGCAGGCAUGUCGUCAAUGCGGCUUCCAGGAAUGGACCAGACCGGGCGUCCCAGGAGAGCGAGGUGUACUGUCAAAUCAACACCGGCAAAGUCAAUCCGAACCAAACAGGACUGAGAGGGAGCUUAAAACGAACCCCUCGGUAUGUUAACGGAAGUGUUGUUGCAUCCGAGGUGGUGGGCGGAGUUUGUAGCGAGGGGGCGGAGUCUGAAGAAGCGAGACGGCAGAGUCAAACAAUAACACGUGAUUGUAGGCGGGGUCAAUCACUGAAAGGGGAAGCGUCCAGGCCGUCCUUGCACUGCGGAAGCGUCGGCUCGUACGCCACGCCCCCUCGGCCAUGCCGGAUGAUGACGUCGUCGCCCAAACUGUGCGCCAGCUGUGGGCGGAGACAGUCUCAAGCCCCGCCUUGCAUGGCACCAGCUUGUCGCAAACGAGCCGCCAGUCAGGUUCAAGCGAGCAUGACGCUUCCGAUGCCGCCGAGGAAAUGCUGUUCACCUCGGCUGCAGAAACAAAACUCAACAGUGGCGCAACCAACGUACGCCCAAAUUCCCAAUAACAUAACGCACACGCAAAACGCGACAACAUGCUCCACCCCCUCGCAAUCCAACAAAAAAGACGCACUAGCAAAAACAGAGGCAUCGACGCAGUCUGAAAAACCUAAAAAUGACUCGACGAAGCACAAAACGCAACACACGCAAACACAAGUCACACACACAGCCAAAACAGAAUCAACCACACAACACGCAUCGCAAAAGACUAAGGACAAGUGCGUGACUACGCAAACGCACACAUCCGUAUCCGCCACGUCUAAAACGAUUGGCUGUGAGUCACAAGCCACGCCCACUCUUCCACCCAAGAAAGCCUCUCAGGUGCAGGUCAAAUCUAAACCAGCGCCUCCAGAGUUUCUGAUUGGCUCAAGGGUGGAACCUAAACCACAAACCCCACCCCCUCCCUCAGAACCUAAAACAGAGACAGAAACGGACUCUAAAGACACCCACCCACCGCCAACAGAUGAGAUCCCACAAUGCAACGGGGCACCUGGUGUUCUACACGGACUGCUGCAGAAUGUAGAGGAAAACCUGCUGUAUAAUCAGGAAAAGAUCAAAGUUCUUCUCAAUGUCAUCCAGGAUCUGGAGAGGAACAAGGCAAUGAGCGAAGGGCGUUGUUCGUAUAGAACAGGUCAGGACAUCAACAACUGCUCAACCUGCCAGAAAACAGCCUGCAUUAUAUACAGCGUGGAGCACGACUUCCGUGUGCAAGAGGGACGAUUUCAAAACAUUCUGGAAGCCUUGGAUGAAGCAGAGUACGAUGUUCCCGCCCCCAUCCCAAAACCCGCCCACAUACGCCCACCAACCAAGAGCCGCGUCAAGAAACUGCGAAAGAAGUGUUUCUGGUGGCUAUAGAAAACCAUUGAGACCUUUUAUGGAAAAUUCCACCAGCGUCGCUGCUGUCAUGGAGAGCCAAACACUUGACUGGACAUAUGAAUACAUUCCAGCUUCCAAAAAACAACUUUAUGACGCAGGAUAAAGGAUUUGCUCUUACUGAACGGAUUAUACCUUGAAAUAAUCGUUACAGCGCGAUGAACUUUGCAAAGCCAAGGCUGAACCAAAAGCUCAUCUGACAUCCUGAAAACUUGAGGACAAUUUAAAAUCCAAGGAGACCCACAAGACCUCGCGUCUAACCAGUCAAUAAAUCCCCUUCAUAGUGUCUGACGGAGUCGAUAUCCCUCUUUACGCUGAUGGACAGAGCGUUACCCCGAUGGAGAUUCUCCGUCUCAUCUCCUCGUCACCAUUCUCUGACCUUUGUGUGCAGAUGGCUUUCGUCCCCGACUAAUGAAUGUCUAAAGCUCUGUUCCCAAACCUAGUCAUCUGCCUACCUACACAGCAUUUUAAGUAACCGGUAGUUGAGCUCCAGACACGAAGGCCAUCUUAUAAGAUGCAUAUAUCCUCAACGGAACAGGCAAUUGCAGAAUGCAUCGUGACAAGAAUAAGCAUCCGAGUUGUAACACUUAUCAAUACUGACAUCUGCUUAAUGAAAUACUCUAUUGGAAUCAAUCAGUCUCUUAUGAGGCU